AUGACUGUAAAUGAUGACAACUUAAUUGACGAGGCCAACCUCUUGGCAGAUGCGUUGUGCAAAACCUCCAUCUCUGAUCAUAAAGAGCAACAAACACUUGUAGAUAACAUGCUUGACAGUCUAAUCAAUAGCACACAAGAGAACAGUGGUUCGACGAAAGCGUUAAAAGAGAUAUUAUUAAAUCCAACACAGCAAGAUAUCGACCAUCUAACACAUUUGAUAUCGACUCGCAUAGAUCAAGGAAGAGGAGAGACUUUGUUUGAAAUUGGCUUGGAAGAGGAUGGGUCUUCCAUGAACCUGACGCAGGACGAAUACAACAAAUGCAUUGAAACGAUUCGCACUGUCACUGAUAAAUUGCAGGCCGAUUUCGCCAAUAUUGACGAAUUAAACACAUUGGAUCCAACUGCCAAACCUGCCAACUCAACUGCUUCAGAUGUGUAUCAUUUGAUGAUCCGAAAGCGCCCUCAGUCUGUGCAGGAUUUGCUCGAGAUCAGAGUCGCUGUCGUUGGUAAUGUAGAUGCAGGCAAAUCCACCAUGUUGGGCGUCUUAACAAAGGGUGUGUUGGAUGAUGGACGAGGAAAAGCGCGUGUCAACCUGUUUCGUCACAAGCAUGAAAUUGAGUCUGGUCGAACGUCCAGUGUGGGUGGCGAAAUCUUGGGCUUUGAUGCUGCGUCUCGACCUAUCCUGCAUACAGGAAAGAAGGCCAAUUGGGAGGAGAUCACGGACAAGGCAGCCAAGGUGUUGAGUUUUGUCGAUUUGGCAGGACACGAAAAGUACCUCAAAACGACUGUGUUUGGCAUGACAGGCAGUGCGCCUGAGUUUGCCAUGCUGAUGGUUGGUGCCAAUGCUGGCAUGAUUGGCAUGUCCAAGGAGCACUUGGGGCUGGCAUUAUCGCUGGGUAUACCUGUGCUGGUGGUAAUUACCAAGAUUGAUCGAUGCCCUACUCAUGUAUUGGAGAAGACGAUCAAGGAAUUGACAUCCAUUCUCAAGUCCAAGUCUUGUCGAAAAAUCCCUCUGUUUGUACAAAAUAAUCACGACGUGGUGAUGACAGCGCAAAACUUUGUUAGUGAGCGAUUAUGUCCCAUCUUCCAAGUCUCCAAUGUCACAGGGCAGGGCCUCGAUUUAGUACGCAAUUUCCUGAAUAUCUUGCCUUCGUUAACCAAGUACGAAACCGACCAGGCUUUCCAUUUCGAGAUCAACGAGACCUAUUCUGUGCCUUUUGUUGGCACCGUGGUCAGUGGUGUGAUGAAGAGCGGCUUGAUUCAUAUCGGAGACAAAGUGCUGUUGGGUCCUGAUCAUGCGGGCCAGUUUAUUACAACAACCAUCAAGGGCAUCCACCGCAAAAGAGUCUCCAUACCGGUGGCAAGAGCAGGCCAGAGCGUAACAUUUGCAUUGAAGAAUGUGCGGCGUAAUACAAUAAGAAAAGGACAGGUGCUGUUGGCCUAUGAAAAGGAUAAACCCACGCCUCCAUCGUCCAAGCGAUUUGAGGCAGAAGUCCUGGUACUGUAUCACUCUACCACCAUCAAGUCCAAAUAUCAAGCCAUGGUUCAUUGCGGAGCAGUGCGACAGACAGCCAGCAUCAUUACGACCGAUAAAACGGUGCUUCGUACGGGUGAUCGAGCUAAAGUUGAAUUUGAAUUUGUAAAGAAUCCUGAAUAUCUGACCAUUGGCACUCGACUGAUUUUCAGAGAAGGCAGAACAAAGGGUGUUGGCAAAAUUACGCGAUUGCUCAAUUAA